CGCGGCGGGCGGACGCGUCUCUCUGCUCCGCGCAACCACCUGUUCGAAUUACAAAAACAAACACUUUCUCUGACACACACGUAAAUUAUUUUGAAUUUAAUUACAUUUUGCAUUAAUAUAUUUUUAUUUACAAUUCAAUUUAUUUUAUUAUUUUUGUUGUAUUCAGCAGAUUUGAGCCGUCUUUGUCUAAGUGAUUAAAUUAGGUACUUAACAAAAUAAUAAAACAAGUGAACGUGUAGUGUCGUGUAUACCAGUGGUAGUGCGCCUACCGACCAGUGCUACAGCGCCCCCUGGUGGCGAGCGGAGCAGACAUGAGCUUGGAGGAGGAGUGCGACGACGCGGGCUCCAACAGCUGGUGCCCCGGCGCGCGCUACCGGCCCGAGCCGCCGGCGGCGCUGGCGCGCGCCUCGCACUUCACGCAGCACGAGAUCAAGCUCAUGUACCGCGGGUUCAAACAGGAGUGUCCCACGGGCGUGGUGGACGAGGAGGCCUUCAAGCACAUCUUCUCGCAGUUCUUCCCACUGGGCGACGCGUCGCAGUACGCGCACUUCGUGUUCAACACGGUGAAGCACAAACAGCGAGGGAAGCUCAACUUCGAGGAGUUCCUGGGCACGCUGUCGCUGGCGGGGCGCGGCUCGCGCGCCGAGAAGCUGUCGUGGGUGUUCGCGCUGUACGACGCCGACGGCGACGGCCGCAUCUCCCGCGCCGAGAUGCUGGCCGUGGUGCGCGCCGUGCACGGCCUGCUGGGGCCCGCCGCGCGCCCGCCGCUGCCGCGCCACGCCGCCGAGGACCUCGUCGACCGCAUCUUCCAUCUAAUGGACACCAACGCCGACGGCGUGGUGACCCCCGACGAGCUGGCGCGUUGGAUCGCGCGCGACCCCGCGCUGCUCAGCUCGCUGGACACGCUGGACACGGUGUUGUGAUCCGACACACCCCCUCCCUCGCCCUCCACCGACCCUCACCCUCGCAAGACCUACCCGGAUCCUCACACUCGCUCCACCACCAACCCGUCCCGCUCCCAGGAUACCCUGGACCCCCACACGCGCUCCACUACCCUGGAUCUGAAGUCCCAAUCCCAGGAUACUCUCGACCCUCACACGAGGUCAACGACCGAUCUGAAGUCCCACUCUCAAGACACGGACCUAUCUGUGAAGUCUAUGGGGGAGUGCUCCAUCAGGUCGAGCCCCAAGUCGUCAGUGUCCGACGGUCGGGAGCGGGGCAGCGACUGCGCGUCGGAGCGCAGCCGACUGUCGGACGGGCGGCUGGUGGCCAGCAUCCGACCCUCGCCCAAGGGAGUGGCGGUGCCGGUGACCACUUCCCCCCUGCGGCAACGUACCACAGCCCCGCCCCCGCCGCCGCGCCU